GUGAGGGACUAAUCAUGCUGGUCAAUCGAAGACAAGCAGCUGUCUUCGGCGCAGCGGUUCUGUUGCGGCUUCUUCUGUGGGUUCUGUUCCCUUCGCUCCCUGAUCUCUUGACAGGGAGAGUCGAGGUUUCCACCCCGGUUAGCAGCUUCAAGAGAUUGCAGGAGGGCCUCUUUCUUUACAAUCGAAAUGUCUCCCCAUACGAUGGUGGCGUCUACCACCAAGCGCCGCUGCUCCUCCCUCUGUUUUCUUUGUUACCAGACUCGCGGAGUCAUCCUUUACCAACAGCUGUCAUCUAUUCAUUAAUCGAUGUCUUGAACGCUAAGGCGCUGAUCACGAUCUCGGAUUCAGGACUCUCAAUCGAGGGCAGACUGCAUUCCAGUUUCCGGAAGGAUAUCAAAUGGGAUGGCAUUGCAAUCGCUGCAUGGUAUCUAUUUAACCCCUUUACGAUUGCGACGUGUCUAGGUCGCUCAACAAAUGUGUUCACCAUGUCGGCUAUCCUCUACGCCGCGUCCAAUGCCGUCAACGGCAACAGUCUUAAUUCUAUGAUCGCAAUGGGCCUUGCAUCUUACCUUUCCCUGUACCCAGCCCUCUUGUUUAUCCCACUUGUUCUCCUGUGCUAUGACCGACGCGCGCAACAAUCGAAACAACUGCCUUCUGCGGUGGCCUUUGUCACCCAACACCUUCUCAUUUUCCUGGUCAGCAUUGCGGGUUUGCUUGGCGCCUCAUACUUAAUUACUGGAGAUUUCUGGGAGUUCAUCUCUGCGACAUAUGGCUUUCAAUUGCUUGUUCCUGACCUGACACCCAAUGUCGGUCUUUGGUGGUAUUUCUUCAUCGAGAUCUUUGACUCUUUCAGAGAGUUCUUUCUCGGUGUCUUCUGGCUGCACCUGGCUGGAUAUGUGGGAGGUUUGACACUACGAUUGCGGCGACAGCCUCUCUUUGUCCUGGCCUCCCUUCUGGGUAUUUUUGCCAUCUUCAAACCAUAUCCCAGCAUUUCGGACGUCUCCUUAUACUUUGCUCUCCUACCACUCUAUCGGCACCUCUUUCCACGUAAGUUAUCUUCAUGAAACUGGAAGUAUGUUUAUGCUAAUUAUCGACAGUAAUGCGCUACACAUUCUUCGCAAUUUCCGCCAUUCUGUACGCAACUCUCCUCGGUCCUGCAUUUUAUUACUUAUGGAUCUAUGCCGGGUCUGGCAAUGCAAACUUCUUCUACGCCAUAACUCUCGUCUGGAGUCUGGGACUCUCCAUCCUGGUCGCGGAUACCAUAUUUGCUGCGCUCAGGGACGAAUGGGAACAGGAGAACCCAGAGAUGAAAGGCAAAGACGUCAGGCAAGUAUAGUCGAGUUUUGUCUAUCGGUCUGUCCUAGGACGGUAACAAUAGCUCGCCCUAGCUAUUGCAUGUCGCAUGAUGUCAGGUUGCUGUCUGUUGCAAUGGCUUCGAUAAGAUCAAGUAGUCUGGCUCCUUUACUGUCCCGUUUCGGAGUGUGCGUGGUUGUGGGGAGUACUCAUCCACCGAAUACCCGAGGCGAUCAUAGAGUCGCAGAGCGGUUGAAUUUGACUUGAACACAGUCAACAUAGCUUUCUCCAGGCCAAUCCGCCGUCCUAUCUCCUCGAAUCUUGCCAUCAGCAGCUUCCCUAGGCCACGCCCUUGCACCACUGGUGACAAGUGGAUCUCAUAACAAUAAAUGACCUCCUUUCCAUCUUCGUACGUGAUCAUGAAGGAUACAAAUCCCAAUAUGUUCCGUUCAUUCGGCGACUGCGCAGGAUCAGGAGUAUCAGAAAUGGCAGUCCCCCCCUUCGCAGUGACGCGUUCUCUUGACGAAUUGGGAUGGAGCAGGAGAUAUCUCAUAUCAGGAAGCUUCAUUUCCUUGCGCUUCUUCGAGGGAGACCAUCCAAUGCUGGAACCGGAGUAGUCUUUUGAUGACGUCAGCUCUAUGAGACGGAAACAUGCCUCGAAGUCUGCAGCGGGCAGUGAGUGAGCAGUGUAAAUAUCAAGCAGAUAAUCCAAUCCCUCCUUUCGAACUGAGCCAUGGUCUUGGGGCGUAGAAUUGGGGUAUUUGAUUUCCAAUGCCGGUGGUGGGAGAUAGUAUGCUAUGAAUUGGUCUAGGGGGAGUCUGUUUGUGCGUUCUACUAGAGGGAGGAGUUUCUGGGAUUCUGGGACAGUUCAGCGAUAGACGUUUGUAGCGAGGAUAACAUAGACGAGACAAGCCUUUUCUCCCUCACCCAGAGGUCUGGACAGUAAACUCACUUUCUCGUUUUUUUAAUGUCCGUUUCGGUCGCUCAAUAGUCACAGCCGGUCGUGCCGAUGCUGAUUUUGAAGCCUUGGUUACCCUGCCCUCUUUGACAGAUGACGGCAUUGUCUUCCGGGGUUAAUGGAAUGAGG